UAUUGCGAAACGUGAUGUUGCUUUGUUGCGUCGUUUUACUUUUCAGGGAUUCCGCACGCAAGUACUGGUGUACUGGGGAGCAUUUGUGAGCCGACUAGCUGCCUUGCUAGCGCUCCCCACUACCUUCUCCGACUUUCUCUUCACUUUGUGCCGCCUGUCGUCUGCCGUCGGCGCCGCAGCCGCGAAGUGAUCGACAUGCCAGUCCGUACCGAGUGCUGCAAUAACUCCUCCACGGCCUGCGCAUCAUCGGCUUCGCUUAUUCCACCUCCGCCGAUUAACACUCAACAGCCGGGCAUAGCCACUUCGCUCCUGUACAGCGGCUCACAGUUUCGAGGACACCAGAAGAGCAAGGGCAACUCAUACGACGUGGAAGUUGUCUUGCAGCAUGUGACUAUGGAAGAGUCCUAUCUAUGCGGGUACCUAAAAAUCAAAGGACUGACAGAGGAGUACCCAAGCCUCACGACGUUCUUUGCAGGGGAGAUAAUUAGUAAAAAGCGGCCAUUCUUGACACGGAAAUGGGACGCCGACGAAGACGUUGACCGCAAACACUGGGGGAAGUUUCAGGCUUUUUAUCAAUAUGCAAAAAUCUUUAACUCGGAUGAUUUCGAUUACGAAGAACUGAAAAGCAGCGACUAUGUCUUCAUGAGGUGGAAGGAGCAGUUUCUGGUCCCGGACCACACCAUCAAGGACAUAAGUGGGGCAUCCUUUGCUGGCUUCUACUACAUCUGCUUCCAGAAGUCAACAGCAACCAUAGAGGGUUAUUACUACCACAGAAGUUCUGAAUGGUAUCAGUCCCUGAACCUCACUCACGUUCCCGAACACAGCGCUCCGAUAUACGAGUUCCGGUGACACUGGCUUUCCAAGGACAAACAGGACUGCUACCAGAGGGUGAUUUUCCUUGUUUUUUGUUUUCCUUUUUCUCCCCCUCUCUCCAUUGGGGGGGGGUGGAUUUGUCAGUCCUCUUGGCUAAAAAAGGAAGCAAACCAAGUAAGGGACUGACAAAGCUGCGAGGAGACCCUUCUUGCAGGCCACAGACUGGCAGGUGUCUCAUCUGAAGUUCAACCCUGAAGCUUUUGUGAUUUACUGUCUAAUUUCAGCAUCUGCUUUUAAGCCAUUUAGUUAACAUGCACCGAGUGUGAUCUACUGGCGUUUUACUUUCCUUCAUUUUUAUAGAGAUUUUUUCGGACAGUUUCCUUUUCCUCAAAACGACAGAGAUGAGGAGGUCACUUUCCUAGUGGAUUUAUUUUUUUUUCUUUGCCAGAAAGACUCGUGACAUUGAACUACACGUGUAAAGAGUCCGAAUCGAUGUUUUAAUUUUCUCCUGUUUGACUCGCUGCCGCAGCGCUGCCUGCUGAGAUGAGCUGGGUGGACGCGUGGAGCUGUUCUCAGCGGCGGAUGGAAACGCCUCAAGGACUGUUUGCUUUUAUUUUGUUUUAUUUAUUAUUGUUCUAAUGUUUUUGCCGACCGAUAAUUCGGAGUUUGGUUUCGCAAGAACGCUGACGCGAAUAAUGAUUGUAAGUCGGCAUCUUAUGAACGAGGCGCAGCUUCGUGGUGAGACUCUCCUCUACACCGAUCGUACUAAAGGCGCGAGAGACUGUAAAUAAUCCGUUGAAGGAUGCUGCAUUCCUGUGUCCGAGGUCUUAUUUUUGGCGGGGAGGAGAACGGUAAAGGAAUUAAUGGCAGUGAUAUGCUGGUGGAAUCUUACAUUAUCAGUCCCAUUAGGAGAUGUGUACAAGGCCGCUGGCUUCUGGGGAUUAAAAAGCAUGACAUUCCGGAUUCACGCCACACUAUAGAAAAUCGGGACGUGUGACACACAUUAAACGCUGGUUUCCAAAA